AUGUUGGUAGAAGAUGUUCCAAAAUCGAGCAACACUAAUGCUACAACCAUAUACUUUAGCUCUUCGAUAAACCUCAGUGCUCGACCUACUUUAGGAAAAAGGGGUGCUGGCGAUGGUGGCCAGUCGUCGACACAAAAGAAAAAUAGGACCAAAGUCAAUUAUAAUCUCAAUCAAUUGUUUAAUGCACAAACACAGACAAACCAAGCAUCAAAGGAUACUGGACCUUUAAAACUGGCCCAGCAGAUCCAGUUGGAAAAAACCGUACAGAAACGGCUAACAGAGUUGAACCAGGAAACUGUUAGUAAAGGAUUUGAGCUACCAAAAAAUUUCCAUUAUACAAGUAUCCACUCGAGUGGCAGUGGUGGUGGUGGUGGUGCGGGUGGUUUUUUAGGGGACUCGCAAAAAUCGAGACUUGGAAAUACUCCUUCUACAAAGCGAAUUUUGGCUGCUCGAAGAAAUCUAAACCUGUAUUACGAAGAAGAGAGAAACUUGAUGUCCAUAAACACUAUUCUUGCGCUAAAUUACCAAUUUGUUGAUUUUAUUGAUAUAGACGGUGGACCUAAACCUGGACAUAAACGGAAAAAAUUGGAAAGAUCAAGACCCAAGAUAAGACUAUGCUUGCAACAAGUUGCAUCAAGAACUGAGAUCCUAUGUCAAGCGCUGUCAGAAAAGCCAAAUGAUUAUUUAAAGUUGGUUCAGUUUGCAAAUAUGGCCUCAGUAGGGUACUGCGUGAGCAAGGGACUCUCACCAGGUCUUUUAGGUGAUCCAAAAACCAAGUGUUCUUUAGACGCGUGUAGUAACGACAUGUUGAAGGAUGUUGAGAUAAUCAGGAUAUUUGAUUUCAACAGGAUGAAUGAAGUGGGGACCGGUUAUUAUGCUGUGGACAAGAAACGAAAGACUAUAAUAUUGGUUUUCAGAGGCUCAGCGUCCAAUCGUGAUUGGGUGACUGAUUUGAAUUUUAUGCCAAUCAAGUACACGCCUAUAGUUUAUAACGAAAAAUUUAAGGAUGGCCCAGUUUAUAUUCGAAGCGAGUGUUUAGGCUGUGAAGUGCACCAGGGAUUUUACCAGUUUUUAAAGGAUAAUUCCGGUGCGGUUAUCACAGCAGGAGUCGAGAUGAAGAAGAAGUAUCCCGAUUAUCAAUUUUUAAUAAUAGGCCAUUCCUUGGGCGGGGCGUUCACAUUAAUGAGCGCCAUUGAAUUCACGUUACUCGGAUACGACCCCUUGGUUGUUACGUUUGGCGGCCCCAGAGUUGGCAAUCAGAAAUUUGCUGACUUUGCCGAUAAACUAUUUGAUACCGAAGAUGUUGCUGCAAGAAUAGCAAAGGAAAGGGAUUUUUCGCGAGGAUUCAUUAGGGUGGUUCACCGACAUGAUAUUAUACCUCUUGUACCACCAAUGUACUGCCAUGCGGGAUACGAGUACUUUAUCGAUAAGAGAGGAUUACCACAUGAGGAGUGUGAUAUCGAUAGACGAGGUGAAAAUCAUUCGAAUUUCUUUGGCAAAAGAAACUUUAAUUUCAAUUUUCGGCCUUCGUCCUACUGGCCAGAAAGAUUGGGCAAAUUUGAACACACUCAUUAUUUUAGAAAAAUUACAAGCUGUAAAAAUUGA